AUGAGGGCGGUGCUGAGGAGGGUCUCCGCUCCGAUGGCAGCAAGCAAUCCGCUGGCCGCCAUGAUGGAACCCGGCAGCAGGGUCGAGAGCCUGAUCCAGCGACUCCGCCUCUACAAAGCCCCUUCCUCUUCGUUCUCCUCCGACAGCGAGGGGGAGUGCGAUGACGAUGUCGACGAGCGGGGGAAAGUGUUCUCCCGGAUGGGUAUGGUGGAGUCCGUCGCCACCGACAAGGUCAUCGUCCCGCGCCCGGAGGGCUGCAAGUCCAGGCCUCGGGCGGCUGUCCUGAUCUGUCUCUUCGAGGGCGACCUCGGCGAGCUACGCGUGAUUCUCACCAAGCGCUCCUCCACGCUCUCCACGCACUCCGGUAAGACCGCCGCAUCCCGUCGAUCGCCCUUUUCCCGCAAAAAUCUGCUUGCUGCUCGGAGAAAAGCGCCGUAUUCCGCAGUGGGCUGUGCCAUGCGGCCUCCCUUACCUUCCAUUUCCUUGCCCGCAGGAGAGGUGUCGCUGCCGGGGGGGAAGGCGGAGGACGGCGACGUGGACGAUGCUCACACGGCAACCAGGGAGGCCAAGGAAGAGAUCGGGCUCGAUCCAUCCCUCGUCACCGUCGUAACUCUCCUCGAGCCCUUCUUGUCCAAGGUAUGAAUAUGGAAAGUCCGCAUUACCUCUUCCACGGUGAAAAGCUCAUGCUGCUGGCGAGACGGAUGUACAGAAAGGCCGAUCAGACAUCGCUAGGAAGCUUCUGUCGGAAACUGAUGCCUGAACUUUCUCCACCAAGCCAACGUUAUCCUUCUCUUUAUAUUCAUCACCUACACUAAGAAAAAACGUUUCCCUGGAUGCCCUGUUGAACGAGGAUUCUCAGAAUGGGCCGAUUCCGUGAAAACGUGAGAUGGGUCUAGGAAAAGUAUUGUCUUUUGUUAUGGUUCAGCUCCAUAAAUUCGCUGGAUCAGCUUGUGCUUCUUCAUUCAUUCCUCACCUACGAGAGACCCGGCACCCGUUUUAAUGUAAAUCGAAGAUACUAUCACCACAACUUGAGAAUCAGUGAGGCUUAGUUGAACCUGCUUGAUCGCUGAAUCCUUGCCAUGAAAGAGUUUCUUCCCUGUACUUCUUGAUUCUGCUCCACCAAACCAAAAGCUGAUUGCUGUCGGUUGUUGAGAACAUUCACGCAAAGCACGAGAUCGACACUUUCGUAGCUUCUAAUGGCGUCCACUAAGCAGGAAUCCCAUAUUACCUGUUGGGCCUGCCGCACUCACUGUCAAUUGGUUUUGAGCUGGAUGAAGCAAUGCUUCUACCCAGAUACUGAGAAGGUGUACCGAAUAUACAUCACUAAUACAUAUAUAUAUAUAUAUAUAUACAAUUGAUAAAAGUAUUCCUGGAAUUACGAAGCCCAAGAAGAUGUUUUCAUGGAUUGAAAUCUGAAUGGUUCUGUUGAUUGAUCUCUGCCUACUGCAUGAAAAACUUUGGCUAAACAUUCCCACUUUAAAUGUUUUCGAAGAUGGUUUUUAUAUCCCCGCAGAAAAUGGCUUAGAUGCGGCCUUACUGCUUUCCUUUAAGAUUCCAGGCUGGGAAAGUAGUUGCAUUGGUGGAUACUUGAAGUGGACAUUCUUCUCUUUCAUAUCAUGCGAUCCUCCGAUGAAUAGCGCGGAAAUAUUCUGAACAGUUCAUCAGCAAUCCACGUUCAUGUAACCUGAUAUUUGGGUCACAUUUUAUAUUAAAGAUGUAGAGCCGAGAAGCCUUAGCUUCCCUUUCAAGUAUACUUCUUCUGUGAGGGAAGUCCUGUGCCUCAAGGAUCUCCACUCUCGGUCUAAUAGUGAUUGCUGGAUCCUUUCUCUAUCGAGGAAGAGAAGAGACCACUGAGCUUGAUUACUUUUCUCCCUGCAGCAUCUGCUUAGAGUAAUCCCAGUGAUCGGGGUUCUCUCCGACAAGAAGGCGUUCAAGCCCAUUGUCAAUCCUACAGAGGUGGAGACAAUAUUCGACGUGCCAUUGGAGAUGUUUCUGAAGGUACCGCCCUCCUCUCCUCUCUUCUCUCGAGAUUUUCUUGCUCCCACAGACCAUCUCCCGGAACCGGACAGUGCUAUGAGGUGAUUUAUUUUGGCCGCUCGAUGCAGGACGAAAGCAGGCGAUGGGAAGAACGCAGUUUCAUGGGCCGCAAGUACCUCGUCCAUUACUUCGAUUAUGAGACCGGGGAUAAUAAGUUUGUCAUUUGGGGGUUGACCGCGGGGAUCUUGAUUCGAGCCGCGUCUGUCGUUUACCAGCGGCUGCCGUCCUUCCCAGAACAGAAACCUUCGUUCAAGAUUGCAUUGUGA